AUGUCUACCGAUAUGCGCCCACGAUCCCCUCGACAAGAUUCGAGCGAUCUCCCGCCCGCAAAGCGCCAGCGGCGGUCAGGAUCGUUUACAGGCGUCGCUCAGGAGCCUACUUCGUAUUUUGCAGCAAACCUAUUCGAAAAUGCCCCGCACCUCCGAGAACAAUAUGAGUCUUCACAGCCAUUUAAACACGUUGUCAUCGACAAACUCUUCCAAGAGUCCCUUUUGAUGCAAGUAAAAGACGAGGUCAUGCAGCUCAGCUUCACUGAAAAGGAGACGGAUAUUUACAAGGUCAUGCAAACUGGCGACCUCCAGUCCCUAAACUAUCUCGACGAAGAUCAGCGGAAGUUGUUCCCCGCGCUCCAGACCCUUAGGGACAGUCUGUACUCGAAGCAGUUUCGCGACUUUAUCCACGAGGUCACCGGAUGCGGCCCUCUCUCCAGCAGGCGGGACCGCCAGGACAUGUCCGUCAACUCGUAUAAGAAAACCUGCCACCUGUUGAACCAUGACGAUGUGAUUGGGAGCCGCAAGGUUUCUUACAUCUUAUAUAUGCCGCUACCUAUCGAUCAACCAUGGCAGACCGAAUGGGGCGGCGCGCUCGAGCUAUAUCCAGUGGUCCCUGGCUCCAACCCCCCGGAACCUGCGCCAAAUCCCAGUAAGACGAUACCACCGAGCUGGGGUCAAUGGGUAAUGUUCGAGGUGCAACCAGGAAAGAGUUUCCACUCCGUCGAAGAGGUUGUUGUGGACACGGACAAGUCUGGCCGACAGCGUCUCUCGAUAUCUGGCUGGUUCCACCGCUGUCAGCCUGGCGAGGAAGGAUAUGAGGAAGUCCAAGACGAGGCUGACACAUUCAGCUCGUUGAAGCAACUUAUCUCGCACUCUACACUCACCCACUCCUAUAACGACGGCGUCGAACACACGAUCCUGCCGACGAAUACCUUGACACCAGAUCAAAUAUCAUUCCUUUCAAAAUACAUCAACCCAGUCUACCUCUCACAAAAGGCGCUAUCGGCGCUAACAGACCGCUUUGCCAGCGAAUCCUCACUAGAGCUGUAUCGAUUCCUCGUGGACGGAUUAGCAGAGAAGCUACGCACGGGCCUGGCCCAACGAGACGAAGAAGACGGAUUGGGGAUCCGAAGAGCGAGACAGAUGCCCUAUCAUAGCUCUGGCACGGAUUCCCAAUGGCACGCCAAGGGUCCUCCGCACAAGGCGCGCUACUGCGUCUUGUCCAAUAAACGGCGAAGUGGGCGUCCAGACUCGCCAUCCUAUAUCGCAGAAGAUUCUCCGGAGUGGAUCAUGCGCCAACUGCAAGAAGUUUUGUUCCCGUCCCCCGCAUUUAGAACAUGGCUCGCGAUUGUAACAUCGCUCCUGCCCCUGCGACACACGGUAGAGGCGCGGCGGUUCCGACCAGGGCUCGAUUAUACGUUGGCAACCUCGGAGGAGACCGAAUCACGCUUGGAUGUUUGUCUUGGCCUGACUCCGCCGAUAGAGCGGGGAAUUGACGGAACCGUCGACGGUUCAUGGCAAACGGGGGAAUGGGGUGGGUGGGAGUGCUAUCUUCCUCCAGCUGACGGUGACGAAGACCCUACUGUUUACCGCUCGUCCAAGUCCAAGCGCCGUGUCCAAGAAAACGGGAAUCAGAAUGGAAAGACUACGGAAUCAUCAACUACAAAUGGUCAUGAUCGGUCAGCAGUCGAGGAUGAGGAAAACGAGGACAUGAGUGACGAAGAGGAAGAGGACGAUAGCGGCCCGCUUUUGACCGUGCAACCUGGCUUCAAUCGGCUAUUGCUCGUUCUCCGGGACGAGCGCGUUAUGCACUUUGUCAAGUAUCUUUCCGCCUCGGCGCCAGGGUGUCGCUGGGACGUUUGCGGGGAGUGGGAGGUGGGAAUGGUAGAGGAGAGCGACCAGGCCUCCGCUUCGGAGUGA